GGCGAAGCAGGCCAGGUGAUAGACGUUGCCCUUCGCCCGACGGACCCAGUCUGUGGAGUGGAUGUUCCGGCCGCAGCACGCGCACCAGGUGCCGUAUCUUCUGCAGGUGGAGGUCAGGCGUGGUGCUACGCGUCGGCUUCCUGGUGUGGAACAGGAGGAAAUCCUGCGAUGCAGAGAUGCUGGCAGUGGCAGUCGGUGGUGUGUUUGGGUGGAGGCUCUGAGGUCCAGUCCUGCUGCUCAUAUGUCACAGUGCCCCUUGACAACAAAGAACAGAAGUCCACUAAGGCUGCACAACCCAGUGGACUCUGGGCACUGUGGUGAAAAGUCUGGAACGUGUGCAGCCUGGAAAACAACCUGUUCUACGGUCAAUUAUCAUUUCACUGUGGAUGAUCACUUUAUGCUGUACAGUAACUUUACUACUGGGUCCUGCAGUGAUCUGUGGUACUUCACUUGCAUUAAUAAUCUAAAGAUUUGAACUGUAACUGCUUCAAGUUACAUAUUCAUGCCAAAAUCUUUCUUAGUGUCUGGGCAGCAAAUAAAACAAAGCCACCUGUGUGGAGCAUUGUGCUGUGACAGAGGCACGGCUCCCCUCACUGGUCAGUGGUGGCACUGAGAAGCCGGUUUGUGUAAAGUCCUUCAGAAUUAAAAAAAAUAAUUAAAAAAAUGGUGCUACACAACACAAAGAGAAACUAGAAGACAAGGAUGCAACACUUUUAUCAGUCAUAAAUAUAGAAGAUCAAUAUCUGACCAAGUUGCCGUUCAUCCACUAGGGGGCGACAGAGGAUCUGCAAUCGCCCGCUGGUUCUGUUCAUCUGUUUUCUGAGCGACUCCACGGCUUUUCUUACCUGAGACAUCUGAGGGUGACUUUAAAGACGGUGUCAGCUGAAAACCAUGAGUUACCUCAACCCAGGACUCAUCUCAGCCUACAACAGUCUGACAGACAAGCAUCUCACUGGCUACUUCAGCAACACGCGCAUCCGGAGGCACCUGCAGCGAGCCGGGCUGAUCACCAGGAGUGGACGCAUCGUCCCGGACAGAGAGUACAGGCACAAGCUGAUCCAGAGAGCCCACCAGAGGCACGUCCGGGAAUGCCUGGCCCAGGCCAUUUUCCACAAGGUGCUGGAGAUGGAGCGGGUGCAUCAGAUAGAGAUCAAAAGGAAACUGGAGGAGUUCACAAGGAAGGAGAAGGUCCACCGGAUCAAGGUGGAGCGCUCGAAGAGAUAUGAGGAGGACAUCAUCCGCAUGCUGUCCCCACGGCCCCCAACCGGCACCAGGGACACCCGAAAGCAGCACUCCGGGCCGGAGGGGGAGCAUUCAGAGUCCUCUGAGUCGCCGGGAUCUUCUCGACCCAACACGGCUCCAGGGAAGAUGCAGAGACCCGUGCGUCUGAAGCCCAUCCACAGCACCAGCACCACCGCCUCACACAGACGCAGCACUCCCUACAGACGCCUCCAUUCUUCCAACGACCACGACCGCCUGUUCAGCUACGCGGUGGACAGGGAGUCCAGCAGGCGUCUGACCGCGCUGGAGGCUUCUCACGGCAUCUCGCCUUACUGCCUCCCAGUCAUCAACAACUUUGUCACCCCAGUGCCUCCGGCCACGAAGAGGAAGGACAGGGGGCUGAAGGUGACGCCCAGCGGGACCCUCCGAGGCCGCAGACUGCGUCCUACCACCGUCUUCACUGAAGCUGACCUCAACGAGGACCCCCUUGUUGUGAGGAGCUCUGUGCAGCAGAGCAGAGUGAGUGUGAACAUGAUGUACUAUGGCAAGGCAGUGCACCUCUCCCACGACCUGACGGACAUGAGGGACGAGGUCAAGGUGUUCCAGCAGCACUGCGGGGGGGAGAACCUGUGUGUGUAUAAGGGCAGGCUCCAUGAGGGAGAGUCUUUCCAGUUCAUUUCCAGGCGCCAUCGAGGUUUCCCCUUCAGCUUGACCUUCUACCUGAACGGGCUGCAGGUAGAACGUCUGAGCUCCUGCUGUGAGUUCAAACACAGGAACGGCUCCAGACUCGGCGGCAAGAACGGACACUUCGGCUUCUCCAGCGUAGACGGGGCCUCGCCCUGCUACAGGUGCAUAAUAGCAAUGGGGCUGGACAAAAAGCCAAUACCUCCACCAAAGAGAGUCAAAGAGGAGUCAGUGAGCAGCCCCAAAGAGCCUCCUGACAUGGAGGCAGAGAUGGCUGCAGAGGACUCCCAUUCAGACGGAGAAACCAGCCAGCAACAGGAGACUCAAGCCAAGGAGGAAACGGCAGCUGAGGACAAAGUCAGAAACGAUUACGAAGAAGACUUUGAAGCAGAAGAUGAGGGCCCUGCAGAGGAGCCAGAGGUAAAGGAGGAGAGGUCUCCAUCUCCAACCAGUGAGGCUGAGAAGCAGGUGAAAGAGACAGACAGCACCGACACAGAGGAUGACGACAACGAUGAAGACUUAAAGUCUCAUUCAAGAUCCAGCUCCUCAAGCAGCAGCCAAGAAGAGAGUGAUGCUGAAGACACAGAAGACUCCAACAAGGACGAAACAGCAGAACAACCUGAGAUCGAUCAAGAAGAAACCAAUGAAGAUGAUCCAGAAGCAGACAAUGCAGAGGAUCCAGAAGCAGACAAUGAAGAUGAUCCAGAAGCAGACAAUGAAGCGGAUCCAGAGACAGAUGUUGCUCCAUCAGAUGAACCAAAUGCAGGAGAAGCUGCUGCCACUGAGGAGGAGUCCACUGUGGCUAAAGACUCUGAUUUACUGGACAGCGCUGCAGACAGCACAGAGAUCGACAUCUCUGACACCAGCGUCCCUUCAGGCAACGAGAACAAACAGAGUGACGCCACCUCGGGGGAGAAGGAGGCUGAAAUAACGGUAGAUGAGAACAAACAGGAGGAGGAACAGGAGAGGACCAAAUCUGUGCAGGAGAAGCUGGCAGAAGCUAUAUUUAGAGAGUCCCGGUGCAGCUCUGAGCCAGAACUGAGCGACAUCACCGACACAACUGAGGAAGAGGAAGAGGCUGCAGACAAAGAGGAUGAAGACACUGAAGAGGAAACUAAAUCUGAAAAAAGUGUUAUUGGUGAAGCUGAAGAGCUUCAAGAGCAAGAAGAGAUGUGUAAGCAAAACAAUGAGGAAGAGGGUGAAAUAGAAAAAGACACCCAUGAAAUAGAGGAAAACACUGAGAAGGACGAAACAGAGCAUGAAGCAGAAGAAGAGGAUGCGUCAGAGGACGUAGGUGCUGAUGCUGCAGCUGAGGAAAAUAUGAAUGAAGAUGAGAAAACUUCAGAAGCUCUGGAAGAUGCUGAUGCUGAUGCUGCGCAAGAAGCUGACAAAGCAGAGGAUGAAAGUGUAGAGGCAGAGGAGCAGGGUGACACGCAGCCUGAGGAAAAAGACGAAGGGGCAGAAAGCAGCCAGGAGGAUGAAUCAUCAGUACCAGAGAUGAAUGAAACAACAGACGAGGCAGAUAAUGCUGAGGCGGAGGCAGCAACAACACAGAGCGAGACUGAGGAGAUGAAAGCAGGGCCCUCAGACGGCCAAGAGGCCCUCGACUCCGAAGAGGCUCCAGGAACCGACGCAGAGGAGGCGCAGCAGGUCGAGAGCGAGGACACAGCUGAAGCUUCAGAAGCAGAAAUCACAGAAGAUAAUUUAAGCAGCUCAUCAUCAGUGAGCGGAGAGACCAUGGUGGAGAAAAAUGCAAAUUUAAGCGUGGACGGGGAACAGGACGAGGGCAAUAAUGAUGAAACCGAAGAUGAGAAAGCAGAAGAAGUGCCGGCAGUCGAGGCUGAAAAGGACGCGAAUGAGAUGGAAGAAGAGCAGGCUGACAAAUGCGUGGAAGCAGAUGAUGAGGCAACGAGGGAGAAAACGGAGGAGGAAAGUACUGAAGAGGAAAAAGCCAAUGAGGGAGAGGACAAUGAGACAGGUAUCGCUAAGGGGGAUGGAACCGAGCCAGAGGAAACGAUAGAAGGUGAGGAACAUCCUGCAAGCAAUGAUCCGGAGCCAGAGGAAGAAGCUAAUGAAGAGCCUGCUGAGAAUAUGGCUGCUGAAGAAGUGGCAGGUGAUGGAGCCGAUGAAAAAGAGGAGAGUGAAAGUGUCCCCAAAGAAAAUGACGAGAAGGAACCUGAAACACAAGAAGCUGAUGAGACUAACGAGGAUGAGGAGGAGGAAGCUCAGCAUGUUGCUAAUGAGGACGUGGGCGAUGAAGACAAAGCUGAACAAAGUGAAUUGGUGAUAAAUGUUGAUGAAGACUCAGAAGCAAGAGAAAAAAAUGAUAAUAUAGGAGAAGAAGAUGAGAAGGAACCUGAAGCACAAGAAGCUAAUGAAACUAAUGAGGAUGAGGAGAAAGCUCAGCAUGUUGCUAAUGAGGACGUGGGCGAUGAAGACAAAGCUGAACAAAGUGAAUCGGUGAAAAAUGAUGAUGAAGACUCAGAAGAAAAAGAAAUAACUGAUAAUGUAGGCGAGGAGGAUAAGGAGGAACCUGAAGCACAAGAAGCUGAUGAGACUAAUGAGGAUGAGGAGGAAGCGCAGCAUGUUGCUGAUGAGGACGCGGGCGAUGAAGGCACAGCUGAACAGAGUGAGUCAGUAAAAGAUGGAGACGCAGGCGCAGAAGAGAAAGAAGUGACUGAUGAGGCUGAAGAGGAAGAAACAGAGGUGAAUGAAGAAGUGGAGAAAAGUGCAGAUGACGUGGAUGUGCCUAAUGAAACGUCAGAGGACGCUGGCAGUGACGCAGGUGAGACCACAAUGACGGAGGAUCCCGACGCCACGAAGGCUGAAGACAGAGGCGACAAAGACGGAGCAAACGGAGAAGUAGAUGCAGGAAAUGGAGAAAUGUCUACUCAGGAGGAGGAGGCGGAGGGUCCAAAAGAAGACAACGAUGGCCUGGAACCAGCGGAGCAGACAGACGAUGUCGAGGAGCCUACUGAGGAGGAAGAGAAAGAGGGAGAGGGAGAGGGAGAGGGAGAGGAAGAGGAGGAGGAGGAGGAGGAGGAGGAGGAAGAGGGAGAGGAGGAGGAGGAAGAGGAAGAGGAGAGCCCAGAGGCAGAAACUGCAGAACCUGGAAAUGAGGCUGAAAACCACGAGGACCCCGACAUGGACCCGGCUCCUGAUGCAGAUGUGGUGGAGAGUGAGGACAACGGCACAGAGAAUCAAGACGAACCUGCUGAACAGAGUACAGAGCUGGAGGAGGAACCUCCACCUGAUGAGGCCAACGCUGACGGAGGAGACAGAGGAGACGGAGGAGCGCAGCAGGAGGAGAGCAUCAGCGAGGCGGCCGAUGCAGCGCCGUCCGAGCAGGCAGAGGCCUCCGCAGCUGGAGAUGCUGAUGCUGAUGCAGGCGACGCAGGCGCUAACGACGGCGCGGGCGCUAACGACGACGCGGGGGCUAACGACGACCAACAGCCUGCGGAGGAAGAGGCCGGCGGAGAGGUGGAGGAGGCCAGCAGAGCCUCUGAGGAGGGGGCGAGUGUGCUGCAGGCGCCGGUGGAGAGCGAGGCCGCAGGCGACAGCGCUGCGACGGACCAGGACGACCCCCACGCCCUGGCGACAGAGGACGGCACAGAUCUGGUGACAAACUGGGUGGCCGCACACCAAAGCGCAAAGCUUUUCCAGACGUUUGUCGAACCUUUGGAGGACUUGAAGGAGGAGGCCUCAGGCCCCGAUGAAAAUGCAGACGAGGAGGAAACCAAAGGUGAGGAGGCAGGUCCCGAGAGCAAUGAGGCUGAGGGUGGGGGGCAGGAGGAGGAGGAAACGGAGGGGAAGGAGUCCAGUGGACUUGAUGGGAGGUCAGAAGGCCACAGCGGAGGCACGGCGUCUCCUCAGGAGACACAGACCAACACCGAGGUGGAAAGUUUUGCAGACGGCCGUCAUUCAUCAGCGAGUGUGGCAGAGAUGCACACAGGAGAGGAUGCGACUGAUGAUGGUCCAGGCUUGAGCGAGGCACAGACGGACACUGGGGAGACGACAGAUGCCCCGCCCUCCAACGCAGAGGACGGUGACGCCACCAGUCCUGCUGCACCCACGGACAGCGAGGAGGCGCAGGCAGAGACGGCGACAGAAGUAACCGAUUUGACAACGUCCCGGUCGGAGGACGGAAGCCAAGCCGAGUCCCUGCAGGGGGAGAUCCAAGCCCAACCCCCCGGCGGGAGCUUGGAGGGAGAAGAAGGAGAGCAGUCAGCUGAUCAGUAACGACCGACACGCAGCUUCUAGUGACAAAACUUCGCUUGGUCGCAGUUCAUACACUGCUGAACACUGAGAAACUGGCACCGAGAUGGGAGAUGUUUCUGAAGGCAAGUCAUAAAUGCUAAGAAUAGGAUUUCCUGUAAAAACGAGGCUACCUGAACGACACGUGACUAGAAGAUCAGCACGAGGCCUUUAGCAGCGUUCAGAUCAGGUGGAGCAGAAUAAAGGCUCACGUGAACACAACCCAGUUUUUAUUUUCACAUGAAUAGGUCUUCAAAACCACUGCACAACAUGUUUACAAUAGAUGAUAUCGUGCUACUGUCGGUACUGUGACAAAGAGGCAUGGUUCAUGGGCGGUAUCAGGUAAAGCUGCUGCCACCUAUUACCUGCAACCAGAUCCUCACAAAUGACUCAAUAAUUCAUAGUUGCCGUGGACCCACAGCUUGGUCGGCCCCUCUGAUUUUACAUUUCCACUGAAGGGGCAC